AUGACAUGGAAUAACAGACAAAGUGGCGAUGCUAGGAUCUGCUGUAAGCUUGAUAGAGUGUUGGUCAACUUGGCUUGGGUGGAUUUUUUUAGAUCUUCAGAGGCUACUUUUUACCCUCCGGGUCUCUCUGACCACUCUCUAGUAGUGCUGGCUGUGUUAGAGGAGGCUAAUUUCGGACCUAAACCUUUUAGGUUUUUUGAGGCUUGGAUUGGCAGGGAUGGUUAUGAUGAGAUGGUUCGGGAGGGCUGGGAGCAGCCAGCUGCAGAGGCUGAUUUGUUCCAAAUUCAAUGCAAUCUUGGUGAUCACCCCGAUAACCAGAAUCUGGUUCUUUUGGAGUCUCAAGCUAAGGUGAAGUUAUGGGAAGCUUUGGCCAUUGAAGAAAAAUUCUUGAGGGAGAAAUCAAGGGUGAAGCAUAUUCAGCUGGGGGAUGGGAAUAAUAGCUUCUUUCACAAGUCCAUGAUCUGCAGGCAGAAUAGGAAGCAUAUUUUGGAAAUUCAAGGGGAAGGAGGUGACAUGGUUAAGGAUUCCAACCAAAUUAAAGAUGAAGCUGUCUCUUUCUAUAAGAAAUUAUUUGGGACUGAUUCGGUGGAUG